AUGUUAUUAUUUAGGGUAAUUCCUUGUCACUACCUCGUAAAAUCAAGAAUUUCUAACAUGUGCUAGAUGAUAUGAAAAUGGCAUUCCCUGAUAUUGAUUAUUCCCCUGAGGUUCGAAUAAAUAUCGGUGAUAUUGAUUAUGCUUUCCAACAAGUAUAUACAAAUUGAAGGGGAGAUGAAGUAGUAGUAAAGGUUGGAAGCAGGGCGGAGGAGGACAAAACAAAGAUUGUUAAUAUUAUUAUUAUUAAUAAUCAACAACAAAUGCUCAUCUCUGUCCUCCCUAUACUAGGAUUGGAGAAUAUUGGCAAGAAAACACUAGCAAAGCUCGUCUUCGAUGACGAGUCAAUUAAGUCACAUUUUGAUCUCAGAUUUUGGGUUAAUAAUGAUAAUAAUGUGUGGAGGUUCCACGUGAGAAGGAUUGUAACUGAAAUAGUUGAACAGUUUCUUAGAAGUAUGGGUGGUGGUGAUUUACAGCACAUGUUAGAAGAGAUUUUGAGUGGGAAAAGGUUUUUACUUGUGUUGACCGACGUGUCUCUCAUAAUCGGAGAUGAAAGAUGGCAUAAUUUAAAAACUUUGUUAAGAGUUGGCUCCAAAGGGAGCACAAUCAUUGUAACAACACAAUAUAAACAAGAUGUGAUACAAGUGGGGACAAUUCCUCCAUAUGAAUUAAGCAGACUAUCAAUAGAAGAAAGUUGGGCAUUGUUCAGGAGAAAUGUAUUUGGGAGAGGAAGUGCAGUACUGGAGACUCCAGAUCUAGUCACAAUAGGAUUGGAACUUGUUGAAGAAUGCCAAGGUUUUCCGUUCGCUUUAGCAAUCCUAGGUGCCAAGAUCCGCUUCAUGACAAAUAUACAAGAGUGGACAACUGUCCUAAAUACUAUGAAAGCACUACGUAGCAAUGGCUAUUCAGUUAUUGCUUCCAUGCUGAAGAUUUGUUACAAUGACAUGGAGUCACCAUUGAAACGAUGCUUUUCAUAUUGCCCAGUAUUUCCCUAUAAUUUUAUAAUUGAAAAGAAGAAAUUGAUUCAACUAUGGAUGGCUCAAGGUUUCCUAGAACAAGAAGCAUCAUCAUCAUCAUUGUCCAUUAAUAAUAAUUGUGGUGGAGAUCAUGAUGAUGUAAUAUUAAUGGAGGAGGAGGAGGAGGAUAUAGGUAAUGCAUAUUUCAAAUCAUUGGUGCUUAGGUCCUUCCUUCGAGUAGUCAAAUUCGAUGAUAAUGGUGAACCAUUAGAAUGCACGAUGGAUGCCUCUUUACAUAAUUUUGCACAGUAUAAUGUACGAUCAAUUUUGUCUCGGACAUUAGUUGAUAGGCCACAUCAUAAUAUUUAUUAUUAUGAUCGGUUAUCAGAUUUUAAGAGACUGCGCGUACUAGAACUCAUACACUUCAACAAAGAUGAGUUGCCAUCCUCAAUUGGAGAGUUAAUACACUUGAGGUAUCUUGAUCUUUCCCAUGGUCGGUUUAAAGCAUUACCUGCUUCCAUUUCCAAACUCUACCAUUUGCAAACUUUGAAGUUGUUGCAUUGUAGAUUUCUUCAAAGAUUGCCCAAAGGAAUGACAAAACUGAUCAACCUGAGGCAUCUAGAAAUUGAAAAAAGGCUGAACAUUCUAAGAGGUAUAGGGAAACUGCAUCACCUUUGAACCUUAACUUCAUUUAAGGUGGGAAACAUUACUGUUACCGAUGAUGAAGCUGGUAUUGAAGAGCUGGGAUGUCUAAAACAACUUGAAGGAAGUUUGAGUUUAAGUGGUCUCAGCAAUGUGAAAAAUAGAGCAGAUGCUAAAGCAUCAAAUUUAAAGGAGAAGCAAAAACUCCAAGAGUUGAUAUUAGAUUGGGACUUGGAUUGGCAUGUUCAUAGAGACGAGGACGUCUUGGAGGAGCUCCAACCUCAUCCAAAUCUAUUUCUUCUGAGGAUACUACGUUACAAUGGCACCAAUCUCCCUACAUGGAUACAUAAUGGGAGUUCGCAUCUCUCAAAUUUAAAGGAACUGUGUAUUUACUCAUGUCAUCAUGUAAUGUCUUUGGAAAUGAAAGGCUUGAGGUCUCUUCGGAAAUUGAUGAUUGCAAAAUGUGAAAAUCUGGAGUAUGCAGGAGUUGAGGGUCUAAUGCACUUGGAGCAUUUGGAAUUCAAGGGAUGUGAUAAGCUCAAAUCUCUUGUUGCGAACCAGGAACAGCAUCAAGUGGAUCCUUCACGAGAUGAGCAAGUGCAUCACAACAUAACCGAUCUUCGAAGUUUUGCAAAGCUGCAGAUAGAAAGUUGCAAUCAUCUUACAACUUUACCAAAGAAGCUCUUGCAAUCACUGAAGAUGUUGCAUAUAGAAAAUUUUGUUUAUCCAAUGGUUUUGAUGAAGGGCAUCGAAGAACUUUCAUUGCUUCAACACUUGCAAAUAGAAAAUUGUUCAAAUCUAGAGGAGUUCCCAAAGGGGAUAGGACAGCUCUCAUCGCUUCAAUACUUUGCAAUUAGUGGAUGCCCUAAGCUCAUGUUUUUAUCAGAAGAGAUGCAACACUGGACAUCCCUGCAAACAUUGAGUGUAGUUUCUUGUGCAAAUCUAAGGGCUCUGCCAUGUGGCAUUGUGGAACUUACCUCACUUCACGAAUUGGAGAUCAACGGAUGUGACAACUUGGCUUCUCUUCCGGACAGAAUUCAAGAAUUGAAGUCAUUACAGAAGCUGAUGAUUGAGCGGUGUUCAUAUUUGAUGGAUCUACCGGAUGGCUUAAAAUACCUCUCAUUGCUUAAAGAAUUUGAAAUUUCGAGUUGCAAUAGCUUGAGAUCUUUGCCUGGAGAGAUGCAGAGAUUAACAUCACUAGAAAAACUGAAGAUAGAAGGUUGUGAUAAUCUGAAAAUAUUACCAGAUGAAUUGGGGAACCCCUCAACCCUUCGUGUUUUGGCUAUAAUUGGUUGUCCUAAGCUACAAACUCUGCCAGAGGGCUUGAGGAAACUCCAAAACCUUCGUAUAUUAGAAAUUACUGCUUGUUCCAAUCUAACAUCUUUACCAAGUGGCUUGGGAGACCUCUCAUCACUUCGAUCUCUGUACAUCCAAAGAUGCCUUAAAUUGACGUCAUUCCCGGAAAAUUUGCAGCGGAUGACAUCCUUACAAGUACUUUGGUUGAUCGAGUGUCUGAAACUAAAAGAUUUGUACACAGGGUUGGGAUUUCUCUCAGCACUUGAGAAGUUGACCAUCUGGGGAUGUCAUAACCUCAUCAAGCUUUUUCCUGGGGAGGACUUCUUGGGGAUUCAAGCCCUGAACUCAUUACAAGAGCUGAUCAUUUCGAAUUGUUCAAAACUACAAACCCUUCCAUACAGAUUGGAGAAUCUUCCGUCACUUAAAGUGCUGGUUAUUUGGAAGUGCCCUGAAUUGGAGUCUUUCGAGAACGUGGUAAUAGAACUGAAAGAAAGAAAGUUAAGAAAACUGAACAUAAGAGACUGCCCUUACCUGGAGACCAUAGAUGAUGCAUCUUAAUCCUCUUGUUCACAUCAUCCUUACUCCUCCACACUACAGCAGAGGUACUAUUAUCAGGGAAGCUAGGGAGUUGAUGAAUCUGUGGAUCAUCCAAAGAAGGGAGGAACUGAAGAAACUAGUACAGAACAACUUCAUGUUUUGAAAAUGGCUAGCAUUCCUUCAGACAGCACUAGUACGACUGUACGAGUGGGACAGAUCCGGCCUGUUGUCCCAAGUACGAGACGAGGUCAUAAUAGGGCCACUAAAACAAUGUCAAUGCAGUCUUGACAGAAGAAGAGAGUAGACCUCAAUGAGCACCAUCAGGGCAUUCAUCAUAUCACAUCCUAAUUCAUUACUUGAAUGGGAACCAUCAUAGGGAACAAUAUUGUGCUGCCUUGUAAUUAUCCUGACUCGUGCAAAAUGCCAGAGCACUUUGGAAGAAAAUUCAGUACAUUGUCUUGUAGGAGAAAUAUGAAAUUGAUGUUGUUGGUAAGAAAUGGGUCUUCCGAAAAAUGGGUCUACAGUGGAAGGCCCUUAAGCUCGAAUGAACGGCUGAAAUAUUUGAUAGAUGUGAUAGUCAUAACGAGUUAAUUGAGAAAUGUGAUACUCGUGUUCCACUGUUGAGGGCCCUUAAGGUGAGGAGCCUUCAAUGUUCGAGAUGUUUAUGAUUAGACAUAAGAAGAAGAACUGACAACCGUUAGAUGUGGCUUAAGAAGAAACAAUGAUCCGAACGAUCCCACUGCAUCAGGACCCUUUGGACGUACAAAGCUCAAUGAGGAGUUGAGUCAGUUGCCCUAAGAAAUAAGAAAUUACAAAGCAAUCAAAGAAUGCAUCUUCACCAAGGUUAUAGAAAAUGAUACUCACGUUCGAAUGCGCCUGCUCGGAGUUGGAGUAAGCCCAAACGACCUUGGACUAAUAAAAAUGCGCCAGAACAAAGAGUUGUAUUGUCAAAUGGCAGAGUUGGACCAAGAAGUGGCAGAAGAAAGAAAGAAGUUGAUGGAAGCAUUGACAGAACUCACAGAAGUAAGAAAAAAGAUGAAGCAAGAGCUGGAAGAAGAAAA